AUGCUCCCCGAGGAGCGCAAGGAGGGCUCGCGCCCCUUCGGGAAGCUCCAUUUCCCCGUGGGGCUCUGGAUCAACUCCCCCAAGAAGCGCCUGGCCAAGAUGAGCCGGCGCUGGCCCAGCGCGGGCUCCGUCCGCUCCACCUCCUCGGACACGCCCAGCCGCGCCAGCGACCUCGGACCCCCGCCCCAUUUCCGGGGCCGCCGCCGCGUCCCCUGCCAAAGCGAAGCCGCCGCGGCACAAGCGCCUGUCGCACCUGUUCCACCGCGCCACCCGGCGUGCAGCGGCGGCAGCGGCGGCAGCGGCGGCAGCGCGGGCCCGGCGCACCCGCACUCCCGCUGGGCCAGCGAGAAGAAGCUCAGCGACCUCCGCGACCCCCGCGGCCCUUCUGGGCUCGGGGUCUGCCGAGCCCCCGUGCAUCCUCAAGAUCUUCGGCGGGCCGGCGGCGCGGGCGGCGCCUGGCAGGGCGAGCACCUGCGCGAGGUGGGCGGCAGGAGCGCGCUGCUGCUGCAGGAGCUCUGGAAGCCCAAGGCCGGCUGGUCGCGCCGCUUCGAGAUCCGCCGCCGCCAGGACCUGGACCGCGACCGCGACAGCAGCGGCGGAGGGGACGACGGCGACGGGGGCGACGGGGCCGCACGCGGCGGCAUGCGCGCGCUCAGCGUGGCCGGGGGCGGGGACACCGCGGGACCCCCGCCCGCCCCCGCGACCCCCGCCCCGGACGGCGGGACCCCCCCCGCGGAUGAGGCCGGGGGUCCCAGCCUGGAGCUGCUGUCGCAGUGCCUGAUCCAGCCCCCCCGCGACCGCCCCUAUUUCCUGCUGCUCAGGGGGUACGGCAAGGAGGACUUCGUGCUUUUCAUCAUGACCCGCCCCCAGCACAUCUUCGGCCGCCUUGACCGCCGCGGGGGAGGGGUCCCCAGCCCCGAGCCCCCCCCCGGCACCCCCGAGACCCCCGAGACCCCUCCCCAAAAACCCGAGCCGGGCCCCUUCUCGGUGGUCGACACCUUCCUGGACGCCCCCGACCUCCUGCCCCGCCACUGCCUGGUGCAGGCCGAGCCCGGCCCGGGGGUCCCGGGGGUCCUGGGGGGGGGGGCAGGCGGCUGCGACCCCCCCCAUAAUUCCGGGGACCCCCCCUCAGCCACCGUUCGUCCCUUUCGGGGCGCCCCCACCACGCUGAACGGGACCCCCCUGUUCCGCCGCGCCCCUCUGCGCCCCGGGGACCUUUUGGGUCUGGGGGAGCACGUCCUGCUGCUCUACAAAGACCCCCGCGUCGGGGAGGGGUCCCGGCCGCCCUGGGCGCCCCCCGCGCGGCCCCCGCUGGGCAUUUUGGGGGUUUUGGGGUGCGCGGGGUGCGGGAGGAGCCCGCGGGAGCGGCGGCAGGAGCUGCGGGCGGCGCUGCGGAGCCCGCGGGCCGAGCUGCGCUACCGCCCGCAGGACGAGGCCGCGCUGCUCAGGGACAUCCUCAGCAUGGACCCGGGGGGCUUCGGGGGCUCCCGGCGGGGCUCGGGGGGCCCCACGCAGGAUUCGGGGGAUUCGGGGGGUGCCGAGGGGGAUUCGGGGGGUCCCGAGGAGGAUUUGGGGGCGCUGGCCCCCGCGUUCCUGCUGGGGCUGUGCCUGGAACACGCGGCCAAGGAGUUCCCGGCGGGGCAUUUCCCGGAGCUGCUGGGCAAAGUGGCGGGGAUGCUGCGGGAAACGGUCUGGGAGAAAAUCAAAGAAAUAGGGGACCGGCAGCCGGAGAGCCCCCCGGACGGGGACCCCCCCCCGUUCCCGGACCUCGCCGGGGUCACCUCGGACCUGCGCCCCCUGCUGGGCUGGCUGGCGAACAGCGUGGAGCUGCUGAACCUGGCGCAGGCGCACCUGCAGGCGCUGGAGGCGCAGCUCGACAUCGAGGGGCCAUGCCCCGAGCUGGAGAAGGACCUGGAGAGCUGUGACGAGGCCCUGGGCGUGCUGGACGAGGUGAUCAUGUCCACGUUCCAGCAGAGCGUCUACUACCUGACCAAGACGCUGUACUCGGCGCUGCCCGCCCUGCUGGACACGAACCCGUUCGUGGGCGCGGGGGAGCCGCGGGCGGGGCCGGACCUGGGCGGGGUCCCCGAGGGGCUCCGCCCCCCCCUGGCCGUGUUCCGCGCCGUGCUGGGGCUGACGCGGGACUGCCGCCUGCACCCCGAGCUGGCGUCGCAGACCUUCGGGUACCUGUUCUUCUUCUCCAACGCGUCCCUCUUCAACACCCUCAUGGAGAAAGGCAGCGCGGGGCCGUUCUUCCAGUGGUGGGUGGGCGUGCGGCUGCGCACCAACCUGGACCUGGUGCUGGACGGGCUGGGGGCGCUGGGGCUGGGCGACAUCGCCGGCGACUUCUUCAGGAAACUGUCAGCGACCGCCAACCUGCUGUGCACGCCCCGCGGCUGCCUGGAGCAGGCCACGUGGGCCCGGCUCCGCGCCGAGUUCCCCUCACCUGCGCAGCUGCACCACGUCCUGCGGCACUACCGGCUGGGGCGGGGCCGGGCCGCCCCACCUGCCUGGAGCCCCACGCCCGAGGAGAGCGCGGCGGCCACCACAGGCGACAUCUUUGAGAGUUUCUCGGAGCACCCCCCGCUGCUGCUGCCCACCCGGGGGUUCCGCCUGCGCCCGGGGGUCCCGCUGGGCCCGGGGGCUGCCCCCUUCCUCAAAAACCCCAAAGAGCCCCAAAACUCGAGGCCGAAACCCCUGAGACCCCCCAAAUAA